UGAUGAUCACAUGAUAUAAAAAAUGUCAGCUCCCUAAAACUAGUAAAAGUUUGAAACGGAAAUAAAUUAAUAAAUAUGUUUUUAUUCACAUUUGCUGCGCAAAUGUGUUUGAUUAUUUCUAUAAAUGCAUGUGGAGUUGUAACACAUAUUGAAAUAAGUCAUCGUGCAAAGACUUAUUUCAAAGAUGACUCUGGAUCAAAAAUAGAUUAUGCUAAGCUUAUUCAGACUCACAAUGAUGCCCUGAUGGCUGGUAGUCCAUAUCCAGAUGCCUUCUAUGAUGAUGUUUGUGCAAAUGGUCAAUAUCAUGAUGUAUCAGAAGACACACACUGGGCACCAUUCCUGAAUGCCUCGGUGAAUUAUAUCAAUGCAAAAUAUCCCCAACCAUGGGAUGAGGCCACAGAGAAGUUGGUUGUUUUCAUUUUUGGUAUUGUUUCACAUCAAGUUGCUGAUAUCCUUUGGCACAGUCUUGGAAUAGACCAGGGUUUUCUACAAGCCAUGGCAAAUAUAAAUUUUCAUGGACAGUUUGAUCUAGCGCAUCCAGUUGGAGAUUUUGGUGGAGACAUUCUAACUGAGUAUGAAAUGAACACAACAUAUAUUCCAUUAGAAGAGGGCUGGUAUGUUCCUAUUGACGACUUGUAUAAUAUUUACAACUUUUUUAAUGGAACCAAAACAAAAAUCCCUAAAGAAGUGAUUAUUGGUUGUUCUGGUGAACUUUUCUUUGAGAGACUUGCAGAACAAAUAGCAGCCAAAGAGUUAUUUCCUGAGUAUGCUGAAAAGAGCCCUUUCCUGGUUGAUCAGUUUGAACAGUACUUUAUUGGAGGAGUGGAUGAUAUGGCUGGCUGGACACACAGGAUCUGGCAGGAGACUAUCACCAUGGUUGAAAAGGGUACAGGGGACUGUGACAUACCUAAAAGCACACUUUUUCUGCAUUGUAAUGGAACAGUUCCUUCAAGGAAGAUGAAGGGGUAUCGUGACCCGGGGAAAAAUGGAUAUUUUAGAAAAUUUCCGCGGAAUGGUAUAUCUCAUGAUGAUAUUGUAAUAGAGAAAAUACUUAGAGGAAUCCGGAUUAAGCCAUCAAAAUCCUACAAGAUGAAAUUACAGAAGAAAAUGGAGAAAUCUACCACAUUGAAAUUUGAGAGGAAAAAAGAAAAGUUAGAAGGGGAGUCAAGAUUUCCAGAUAGGGUGAUGUUUGUGAAGAAUGAUUAUGCCAGACUUGGAGAGGCUUAUGCUACUGGCGACCUCAAUUUUGAUGGUAAACCAGAUCUGGUAGUUACAGCUCCUGGGUACGGUACAGUUGGCAGUCCACAAGAGGGACGAGUCUAUAUUAUUUAUGGUGAUGACGAUGGUAUUCCAAAGACCUUGAACCCUGACCUUGACAGCCUUGAAGCAACAGGUCAAGGUCAAAUUCUGAAAGGAUGGGGAACUGCACAGUCAAGGUUUGGAAAGUCUAUUGCUGUUAUGGAUAUCAACUUAGAUGGAGCAGACGACAUAGCAGUAGGUGCUCCAGCGUAUGUUGAUAUGUUCGAAAGUCCAAUUAACUAUAAUGGCUAUGUUCUAAUUUACUUCGGGAUUCCAAAGAAGAAAAUUGUUGCCAAUGGUGCAGCCAAUAUAACAAUCGUUUGUCAAAAGGAGAAGUAUUGUAAUCUGGGUUAUUCAAUGACAUCUGGAGAUGUGAAUAAUGACGGUUAUCUUGACCUUGUGAUAGGCACACCAUUUGCUCCGGCUGGUGGUGAACAGCGUGGAUUUGUAGCAGCUUUAUUUGCUGAUGUCACCAAUUUUGGUUAUACAUAUAAAGAUGUAACCCAGUUGCCAUGGAGAAUAAAUGGAACCCAAAGCUAUGGUUGGUUCGGCUAUGAUAUGUCAUUUGGAAAAUGGAAUGGGCAAAAUGUUAUGUUUGUCUCCCAGCCAGUAUACAGAUAUUGUUACCAGGAUAUCAACCCUAAUUGCACAUAUGACUCGGACUAUUAUAUUGAAAGUGUAGGACAAAUUACUGCAUUUUAUGGAACUAACCUGACACAAAACUGGACAUCAUUUGGAAAGUCAAGAUUUUCAGAAACUGGUUGGAGUGCUGAUAUUGGGUCACCAUACCCUGACAAAAAUCAACAGAUUAUAGCUGUAAGUCAACUUGGUGAAGAGGUCAGCGGAACUAUCUCUGGUAGACAUUCUGAGUUCCUUCAGGCUGGAGUUGUUGGACUUUUUAACACAACUUCAGGAGGAAUGCCUUCAACACCAUUAAGUGAUCAAGUAAUAGAAGGUGACAGAUCAUUUGGAAGAUUUGGUCAAAAAGUUAAGUUUUGGGAUAUCAACAAUGAUACAAUGAGUGAUCUGUUCAUUGGAGCGCCAUUCAGGAGUGAAGAUUUUACAGAGCGCCUGUUUGACCCUGAGCAAGGACAGGUCUACAUCUUUACAGGAGGCGAACAUUUUGCUUUUAAAGUAGAUUGUGGGAAUUCAUUGAUUCAACCAUGUCCAAAAGUACAGGCUGAUUAUGUACUUCAAUGGCCCGGUCUAGAAGGGAAAACAAGAUUUGGGACAAACUUUGCUUUCUUGAAUUCCACAAAAAAGAUGCAAGUGUUUGUUACAGCCCAGCAUGCAAGUGAUUAUUCCAGAUUCGGUGGUGCCAUAGGAAUAUUUGAUUUUUGAACAGGAAGUUCACAAAGUACUGUGUUCUAAAGCAUGUCAUACUUAGAAUCGAUUGUACAUAUGCAUGAGCGUAUAUGCCUUGAUGAGGAAAAAUUGAUUUACAUUUAAUCAAAUUAAUGAUCAACUUGUAUAAUAAUGCAAAGUAAAUCCAUAGCUUCAGUCUUUCAAUGUUUUAUAUCAAAAUUGUGAGCAAUUAAUAAAUUACCUGAUAUUGAAGUAUUUCAUUGCUAACUUCAGUUCAAAAGUUUUGUUACUUGUUUUUGUUUUGGAAACUGAAGUAAAUUUUAUUUCAGAAUUAAAAUACAUGUAUUUUGCAACAAUUUUGAUUUUGUUGCACUAAUGCAGGAAAAUUUACUUUUAUUUUAUAUAAUAUGUUCUAUGUUAUGUCUUCAGCCUUUAAAGCUGCAUGCCUCCAGAUAAUCCAGAAUAUUUGAAGAAAAUCAAACUUGAGAAAAAUGUACAAAAAUUUUAAGAAAAGUAAAAAGGAUUCAAGAUUCAAGUAAAAAUGUGCAUGUUAUGUGUGAUUUAAUUGUGACUAACACAAGAAGGGCUAUUUUUUACAUUCUUUUACCUCAUUUUGUUUUUUAUGAGGAUUGCAAGUGCCAUUUGAAAUAUGUAAAUUACUGUCUUUGUUCAAUUCACAAUAUUUUACUUUUAAAUACAUUUUCAAAAUUUUCAUGAAAAUUAACAUGAAUUUGGAGGCAUGCUGCUUUAAGAUAAGGUUAUUUGCAUUCAUGUAGCUUAUUAUAGAUUUAUUUUAUGACAUAUCUUAAUUCCGUUUUUUAUGUAUUAAGAUUUAUAUAUAAAUAUAUAUAUAUAUUU